AAGCGAGCGCAGCUGCUUCAGUUUAAAGAUCGGCAAAGUUAGUUAGUCUGCAAUCGCCGGGACUCGCAGUCGAGUCGUCGGGCCGCGUUUUCAAAUCAUAUUCAUGGGUAUCGAAAGUCCACAGCCCUAACGAAUUCGAGAUCCGCACAGAUUAAAAUCAAAUAAUAAAACGGAACGGCAACACGUUCGCUUUUAUUGUGUCCCCAAUAUUCGUCGGCUAUCGCACAAUUCGCUUUUCGGCUGAUAAUCGCGAGGUGCGUGUGUGAAAUUUUUGUACAAACAGGAAAAAAAAUAAGCUCCAGUUUUUCGAUCGCUAUUUUCGGCGAUAAGGUGAUGGCCACAAAUAAUGAGUACAUAGAAUUACCUUGGACCAUGAAUUCCUCAAGCGGCGAUGAUGAGGCGCCAAAGGAUCCGCGCACUGGCGGCGAGGAUUUUACGCAACAAUUUACAGAGAACGAUUUCGAGGGACAUCGGGCCCACACCGUUUAUGUGGGCGUCCAUGUGCCAGGAGGACGACGCCACUCGCAGCGCCGUCGCAAGCACCACCACAGCGGCCCCGGAGGGGGCGGCACGGGGGGCAGUGUCGGAGGAGGUGGCUCCAUCGGCGGAUCCGGAAGUGUGGGCGGUGGUGCGGGCAAGGACAACACUAGCGAGAAGCAACAGGAAGUGGAGCGACCAGAUACUCCCCCGGCCCAGCGAGUUCAGUUCAUACUCGGCGAAGAUGUGGACAGUAGUGGCACACAUGUAUCGCAUCCCCUGUUUUCCGAAAUGGGGAUGCUGGUGAAGGAGGGCGACGAGAUCGAGUGGAAGGAGACCGCGCGUUGGAUCAAAUUUGAGGAGGAUGUGGAGGAGGGUGGCAAUCGGUGGUCGAAGCCCCACGUGGCCACCCUCUCCCUUCACUCCCUGUUCGAGUUGCGUCGCCUGCUGGUCAACGGCAGUGUGAUGCUGGACAUGGAGGCCCAAAAUCUGGAGGUGAUGGCCGAUCUGGUCUGCGAUCACAUGGUCAGUGCCGGAACCCUGCCACCCGGGGUCAAGGACAAGGUCAAGGAUGCCCUCCUGCGACGUCAUCGCCAUCAGCACGAGUAUGCCAAAAAGACGCGACUGCCGAUUAUUCGAUCCCUGGCCGAUAUGCGCAAUCAUUCGUCAUCGAAAAACCUGGGCAAGAGCACUCCACUGCACUCACUGCAUGGCUCGGCGGCUGGCCUGGAUCUGACUGGAAAUUACCAGACACCCCUCUAUGUGUCGAGUAAGGAUCAGCGUGGUUGUUAUCUCGCUGUUCCCACAGAGGACAUGGUCAAGAGCCCCAGCAACCAGUCGAUGGCCCGGCCAGGAAGUGGAACCGAGCUCAGCGAGCAGCAGCACAAGGGCAACACCCACUUCAUGAGGAAGAUCCCGCCGGGAGCGGAGGCCAGCAACAUCCUCGUGGGUGAGGUUGAUUUCCUGGAGCGCACCCUGUCCUGCUUCAUCCGCCUGAGUCAGGCGGUGGUCCUGGGUGAUCUCACCGAGGUGCCAGUACCCACAAGAUUUGUCUUCAUCCUGCUUGGCCCGCCUGGCAGUCAGAGCAACUUCCACGAGAUUGGCCGGGCGAUGGCCACCCUGAUGUCCGACGAGAUCUUCCACGAGGUAGCGUACCGAGCACGCAAGCGGGAUCACCUGCUGUCCGGAGUGGACGAGUUCCUCGAUGCGGUGACCGUGCUGCCGCCCGGCGAAUGGGAUCCCACCAUUCGAAUUGAGCCACCGGCGGCCAUUCCCUCCCAGGAGGUGCGUAAGCGUCCCCCAGAGCUGCCCAAGGAGGAGGUGGACGAGGAGGAGGAGGAGGCGCGCCUGCGGGAUGAGAACGGGCUGACCAGGACGGGUCGACUCUUUGGAGGCCUCAUCAACGACAUCAAGAGGAAGGUACCCUGGUACAUUAGCGACUACAAGGACGCCCUGUCCAUGCAGUGUGUGGCCUCGUGGAUCUUCCUGUACUUCGCCUGCCUGUCCCCGAUCAUCACUUUCGGUGGUCUUCUAGCGGAGGCCACCGGCAAGCACAUGGCUGCCAUGGAGUCUUUGGUGUCCGGGUUCGUUUGUGGCAUGGGCUAUGGCUUCUUUUCGGGCCAGCCGCUGACAAUUCUCGGGUCCACCGGUCCAGUUCUGGUCUUCGAGUCAAUUAUCUACGAGUUCUGUCUGAAGAUGGGCUGGGAAUAUAUGACUUUCCGGUUCUGGAUCGGCAUGUGGGUCGCCGGCAUUUGCAUCGUCCUGGUCGCGAUUGAUGCCAGUGCCCUCGUCUGCUACAUCACCCGCUUCACCGAGGAGAAUUUCGCCACUCUGAUCGCGUUCAUCUUCAUCUACAAGGCCAUUGAGAAUGUUAUGGUUAUUGGUAAGAACUUUCCGGUCAAUCAAGGGAUAUACGACUGUGUCUGUACACCGCCAAUUGGUAGCAAUGCCAGUGUGAUUGAAUAUGCCAAGUACAACUGGGAUUAUUGUGAGACAUACAAUGGCACUUUGGUUGGCGGCGACUGCGGAUCACCGCCCACCGAGAACGUUUUCCUGAUGUCGGUGGUCCUCUGCGCCGGCACCUUCCUCAUCUCCACCGUGCUGAAGGAGUUCAAGAACGCCCUCUUCUUCCCCUCGAUCGUUCGCCAGUACAUUAGCGAUUUCUCCGUGCUGAUCGCGAUUUUCGCCAUGAGCUUCUUUGACUAUUCCCUGGGUGUGCCCACCCAGAAACUGGAGGUUCCCAACGAAUUAAAGCCCACACUUAGCACUAGGGGCUGGCUCAUUCCGCCGUUCUCCGAGAAGAAUCCCUGGUGGUCGCCGAUCAUUGCCGUUUUCCCCGCCCUGCUCGGAACCAUUCUGAUCUUCAUGGAUCAACAGAUCACGGCCGUUAUUGUGAAUCGUAAGGAGAACAAACUGAAGAAGGGCUGCGGCUACCAUUUGGAUUUGUUCAUCCUCUCGAUUCUGAUUGCCAUUUGCAGCUUGAUGGGUCUGCCUUGGUUCGUGGCUGCCACCGUGCUGAGCAUCAACCACGUGAACUCGCUGAAACUGGAAUCGGAGUGCUCGGCCCCUGGCGAGAAACCACAGUUCCUGGGAGUGCGCGAGCAGCGGGUUACCCACAUCCUGAUCUUCCUGACCAUCGGUGUCUCCGUGCUGCUAACCCCGCUGCUCGGUCACAUUCCCAUGCCGGUUCUGUUUGGCGUGUUUCUUUACAUGGGAGUGGCCUCGCUCAAGGGUCUGCAGUUCUUCGAUCGCAUACUUAUCAUGUUCAUGCCGGCGAAAUACCAGCCGGACUAUAUGUUCCUCCGCCAGGUCCCCAUCAAACGCGUCCACCUGUUCACCGUUAUUCAGCUGGCCUGUCUUAUUAUCCUCUGGCUGAUCAAAUCCUUCUCGCAGACCUCCAUUCUGUUCCCCCUGAUGCUGGUGGUAAUGAUCGGUAUACGAAAGGCCCUCGAUUUGGUGUUCACCCGACGCGAGCUGAAGAUCCUGGACGACAUAAUGCCCGAGAUGACGAAGCGGGCGGCGGCCGAUGAUCUGCAUAAACUGGACGCUGAGGUGGGCUUAUUGGCGCGAAUUUUCCCCUGGGGAAAAGGUAGUCGGGGCAGGGUGGUGACCAAGCCACCAGGCCUCGAUGGCGGCCUCCCCGCUUCCGGUGGGGCAGGCAGUGCUGGCCUCAUCAGCUGCACCACCUCAAAUGCAAAUGAGAAAGAGUUCGAGGCACAGAGUAGUCUGCUCAAAAAGUAGAAGACACACACAGAACACCACUUCCGAGCACACACACAAGCACACCUAGACAAGCACACGCCCACAAACACGCCCACGCCGAAAUAAAAGAAAAUCCAUGGACCGGUGCUGCCCAUUUCAUUUGCGUUUGCAGUGCUGCCCAGUCCACCGCACAAAACCAACGAUAAGCGAUACUUGCUUCGAUGGUUUCGAUACCGAUAAACUCAAUUAUUUAUAGGUUUUUUGAUUAAUUUGCAUUUUGUCGGUCUUGAUACAUCUUAUUCAGCUACUAUAGUUAUCUACCCAUAUACUUAUAUAUAUGCAUUAUAUUCUCUGUUAUAUACGUUUUUAUCAUGUCUUUAACAGUAUUUUGUAAAUGUUUUCCCCUACCCUACACCAUUUUAAUUUUUAAAAAAUAUGGCAUGCAGCUAUUUUGCAUUUUGUUUUUACAUAUACGAUAUUUUUUGAUACAAAUGUUCAACUUCUUUUUGAUUCUAUGCUUAAAAACGCUUUCAAACCACCUGUAAAUGCCAAACCUAUAAGAAAGAAAUUAUGUGGUUUUUCGUAGUGCAAAAAAUGUGUUAUCUAUCCGAACCUACUCUAAAACUACUCUUACCCUAUAUAUAUACAAAUAUGAUAUUUAUAAAUGUAAAUGAAAUUCUAGCCUAAGUCAUAAUUAGUCAACGUUUACACUGUACAACAAGUACCUAAAUGUAUUAAAUGGAACCUGUUAUGUUAUUUUAUAGUCAUCGGGUCGAGAGUUCCAGUAACUAACCAGCGACAUAAACCCACACGUAAUUGUAGCGAAAAUUGAUGUAAAAAUAUCAUGGGCAAAAUCCAAAAUUAAAACACAAAAAAAAACUAAGCAAAUAAAAAUAAAACAAAAAUUUGGCAUAA